CGCACGGCGAUCUAUAAUUACACACACUCGUCAGUAUUGCUUCGAGUUGGAUGUUUGCUAGUUCAAAGCAGCUAAUAAGUAUGCCUUUGCAUGUGAAGAAAGAGAUAGCGGAAUGCGAUAGACAUUCUUACGACGUUGCCACAAUUAUAUUUCACAAUGGCUCGCUAUAUAGUGGUGCUGAUGAUGGAAAGAUCAUUAAGUGGGAUACGGAAUUACAAAAAGUUGCGGAAGCCGAAGCCCAUCUAUCAUCCAUUUAUGCUUUGGCAGCAUCCGACGAUGUUCUAUAUUCGUGUUCGAAUGAUGGAACUAUAAAAUCAUGGUCGUUCGAUUUGAAACCGCUGAAAACAUUGGCGACGGAAAAUUGCGAAUUCUGGAAAAUUCAAGUCGAAGAUGGAGUUUUAUUUGCAGGAGAUGAUCAAGGAAAUCUUAGAAUAUACGAGCAGGACUCUAUUAAAGGUUUAAUUCUGGUUCUGGAGCCGUUCAAAGAUAUGUCUAUUACUGGGAACAGUGUGUACUCGGGAAAGGACUCCGAAGUUGUGGUUACGGAAUUCAGAAAAGAGGGUACAUACGCUGGGAUGCAUCGUAUGAAUUUGCGAGGAAGAGCGCCGAUGAUUGCAUGCAAUGAUAAACUUGUUGUGACCGGAGAAUCUGCGAAGGGAUUGAUUAUUUAUGAGAAUCAUAAGAAAGUUGUAGAGAUGAUGGAAGCCCACGAAAUGAUUAUCAAUGCAAUUAUUAUGAAUAAAGGUAAGAUUUAUUCCGGUGGCUGGGAUAGAGUGGUCAAAGUUUGGUCGAUGGACGGCAAGGAAAUCGAGAAAUGUCCUGUUUCUAUAGUUAUUAACACCAUGGUUUAUGGAAAUGAUCGGGAUAUUUUCGUAGCCGGUGGAGAUGGCAUAAUUUUGAAGCUUCAAGACAAUUAAAUUCUGAAUAUAAGACGAUAUAGUCUUAAGUAGAUCAAUUAAAUCUUCUACAUGUUUCACUGUAGUUCUGUUUGUGUU